ACUUCAACUUCUUGUCUUCUUUUGCUACUUCUGGAAAUCAACAUCAAGAACCAGACAUUCAUAAUCCAUGCUCGGCAGUUGGCUGAUUUGGCAAUUUGCAGCAGUUGUGGAAUUGGCAAAUCCAGAUCCGAUUUGGAUGAGAAUAAUCUGGCUGAAGGUACCAUGGCAGGAGUGAUUAUGAAAUUUUUUAUCACAUCCUUGUUUAUGUGGGUAGUUCCUGUUGGAAUUUUAUAUGGUUUUAACCAUAACUUGUUUCCUGGUUUGAGUGACUUGUCUCCUUACUCCAUGACACUAUUGAGCGGGUUUCUUGCUGUCAUUUCUGUCAAUGUAGUUAUAGUAUUUUACAUUUGUAUGGCAAUGAGAGAGCCCUCAGAUAAGCACGAGCCAGAUCCUAAAUUCCUUGCGGAUGCCAAGGCUAGUGUAAGGCAGGACAGGCAAGGUGAGACCGAGAAUUCAUCAGCAGCAGGGCGCACAAAAGAAGAAUAGGAACGAAGUCGCCUAGGAUGGCUCACAAGCACACCGCAAUGUUGGCUCAAGUUCUUCUUUUCUGCUUAUUGAUUUCCGAGGCAUUUGCGUUACAAACUUGUUCGUCUUGGAACGACACCUGCUUGCAGGACUGUAUUUUUCAACGUGCUGAUUUUAGCUUUUCUGAUAUGGACCAUAUGUUUGAAGAAUGCCGGGAAGAGAAUCCACAAUGCUUAAUAGAGAAACCUUGUGGAGCCUCUGCCGGUGCUCCGAACAAACAGGGUUAAGAUAAUCCUUCCUUUUCAGUAGUAUAUUUGUGCUUCUCAGGAUGUGGAUUGCUUGUGAAAUGUAAAUAUGAUGCUUGAUGUACGUUUAUUAUUAUCCAUAAAAUAAAUAAGACGCUAUUAUUCUAUAGUUUAAGUGCUAA